AUGCCUGUCGUUCUUCCAAGGUAUUUCACUGCAUCUCGCCACUCGCCCAGCGCUGCACGCGUCACUUCUGCCGCCGUGCCGCUGACUGCUCAGACAGCCUGCAGCCUGCAGCAAACAUGUUUCACGCCCGCUGGAGCCGUUGGCGCGCGAGCUGUCAGUUUCACUGCCCUCAUCGCAAUCGGCAUGACUGAGACUAUCGACAUCGCGAAUAAGCACGAGCUCGGGCUACCCCAGUCACUCUCUCCUUUACCAUUCGUCUCUGCCGCCGUCUUCAUGGCAAGCAUGGCCUGGCCGUCGUCCCUUGCCUGCGCUUGCUUUUGUCCAUUUGCCACACUUCACGAAAGGGGCUCUCUACCGACGAUCCCCCUCAGCCACAGCAACUUCAUGCAGCCCAAUAUCCGGUUUACUGCACCAACCAUUAUCGUGUCUCGACCAGAUUGCACCGCUUUGAAAGCUGAACAGUCCAAGCUUUGGAUCUGUCAAUUCUAA